AUGAUUCAAGCUGUGUAUCCGUCGUUGUUGGAUAAUUUUGACAACCCUGCAUAUCUGAAAGAAAGAGCGAUAUUGACACCAAAAAAUGAAAUGGUUCAUGAUUUGAACAACAUAAUUAUGGACAUGCUACCGGGAGAAGGUGUCAACUAUCUCAGUUCAGACAAUGUGUGCAAAGCAAGUGUACAAACUAACGAAGAAGAUCUUUUGUGUCCAUCAGAAUUUUUGCACAGUUUAAAAUUCAAUGGUGUCCCAAACCAUGACAUUAAACUAAAAAAAGGAGCUCCAGUAAUGCUUCUUAGAAAUCUAAAUCAAUCAGAGGGGUUAUGCAAUGGCACAAGAUUGAUCAUUACAAAAUUGGGAAAAUGGUCCAUCAGAGCAGAUAUUAUUUCUGGAACACAUGUUGGCAAAAAUGUCACAAUUCCAAGAAUAAUCAUGUCCCCAAAUGAAACAAGAUGGCCAUUCAAGCUUAAUAGGCGUCAGCUUCCUUUGGCAACAUGCUUUGCCAUGACAAUAAAUAAAAGUCAAGGACAAUCACUACGCCAUGUUGGCUUGUAUCUCCUGAACCAAGUGUUUACCCAUGGCCAACUGUAUGUUGCUGUAUCACGAGUUACAUCACGUGAAGGGUUGGUCAUACUAAAUGCCGACAAUGAGAUUGAAGAUCGAACCUUCAUUAAAAAUAUUGUUUUCAAGGAAAUCUUCCAAACUAUUUCUUCAACAACUCAUGAUCUCCAGGAAAACGAGUCUGCCAUCUAG